GUAGUCGUGUUCGAGUAUUUUGUCAUUAUCGUAAUAUUUUAUAUUACUUAAUGCUCUGUCGUUUCAGACUGUUUAAUUUAGAUAUUAUCGUGAAAUAAUUUCAUCGUAGGAAUGUGGAAAUGCAUGAAUUAAGAUGAAUAAGUCGCUAAUUAUAUUUUUAUCGUCAGAGAGGCUUCAACUUCGGUUCGAUCGUCAAUCAAUAAAAUCGAUAAUAAGUUCAUUUCAAGGAUAUUGGAAUAACGUAUUGUGUUCGUAAGUCGAUUCGCCGUAUGCAACGGAUUAGAAACAAGACGUUUCUAUUAUAUUAAUAGACAUUUUAUAGAGGAGAAAAUAUUCCAAUUAAUUACACGAACAACUACCAGAUAGAAGUUCAAUUAAAAAAAAGUAUGAUAGUGAUAACUUCGUUAAUGUUCGAAUAGUUAAUCUUGAAUAGUAAAAAAUGUUCUAAAUGAAAAAUUUAUUAAGGAAUGAAUAGAGAUCAUUCAGGAUUUAUUAGUUGGCCUGCACGUUCUCCAAAUUGAUUUUCAUUGGAUUUUUAUUUGUGGGAUUACUUGAAAAAAAAUUUUAAAGCGUGCAUUCAAACUAAAGUUUUCUGAGUUCUGUGAGUACGUUUUCUAUAACCAUGAUAAGCUGCUUCAUAUUAUCGGGGUACAUAAGUAUAAAUCGAGAAUUAUAACUCGAAUAUGAAAUUAAAUUGAAAACAUAUCAUUUGUGCGAAUCUUUUUUUUUUUUUUAUCUUUUUGUAUCUCCUGUCUACCAAUGAACUAAUUCUGAUAUGUUAUGUAACAUUAUUUACAUAAUUCAUAACGGUCAAUUUUCGAAGAUGUUCGUCAGACUGUUUGCAAAUAUGGCGGAUUUCGUGAAUCGCAAUAAAAACGUUCGACGUUUGACGCUAUUGUAAGUGCAACGAUAGAAACGCGUUCGCAAAAUUUAAUCUAUCUACAGUUCUUAUAUAUACAAGUGUUGGAAAAUGUUAAAACCUUUUUGUGUAAUACAUCGAUGUGGUAAAUCGAUCGAGUAAAGACUCGAGAAGAUAGUAACGUCGCCAUCGUUGAAGUAAAAAGUGACCGGAAGAGGAAAUUUCUACCGCAAUUAUUACCACCGUGAAAUAUUCUACAGUGUGAACGUUCGAGAUAAAAAGAAAAGGAAGAAUAAAUAAGGAUUGCGCUAACUCUCGUCUGAGACAAUUUACAAGGAUCCAAUGAGAGAUGGAGCCAUCGCCGUAAGAAUUCAAAGUCAGAAUAAAUAUGUUCUUCUGGAUGACCGAAUAACCAUUGGAUAAACACAACGAAGAUGAAGCGGCCAUUGGUGCUGACUUGCUUUCUGCUGCUCCACUCCAGUAUCCUGGGUGCACCACGAACAGGCUGCAAAUUUCCAGAGGAGUGGAACGGACGGUGGUUUCAAUCGGGCAAUCCGGGCCUCGUAACCGUCAACGGAUCUAUCAUAUCCAACAAGGGUCAUUGCAUCGAGGUCAAAGACGACGACAAGUUCCUCUUAUACGACACGAAAGAGGGUUGCUAUAGGUGUAUGGUCAUGCACGAGAAACAUCCAAACGUAUUGCAGUACAAAGAAACUUAUUGCACGAUCGAAUCGCCGGAACCAAGUCUCGAGAUUAUUUGCAGUUACCUAACAAGCGAUGCCAUUUUGAUCUCCCUAUUUCGAACGGGAGCAGCACCCUUACCCUGUCCUAUAAAGGGACCUUUGGAGUUCACUUACAGUCAGGGAGACGGCGAAUGUAAUUGGCCACUCUCCCGUGCCGAAGUUUGCACGCAAGAGUCCCGUUUACUUUUGCGUUAUCAGGCUUGCGCCAAUGUCCGUUCCUCCGAAAGCGUAGACGUCCAAUUAGAAUGUUUGGCGACCUGGAGAGAGGGCAGUACGAAUUAUAUGGUAGCACGUUUGUACGGUGAUCGUAAGACGAACGACGAGGAAAGCUACAGGUGUUUUAUAUACACCAGAGGCUCGAACAACACGUGGCACAUGGCACAAAGCGGAGACGCCACUUGUACCGGCCUUCUUAGUAUCACGGAGGCUGCAAAGACGUUCAAAAUGAAACAGAAAUAUAUGACGGAACGAUGCGCUUACCCUUCAUGGGUUGUGGCACCGAAGUCAUGGGUGGCGUUGGAUCGAAUGGCUUCACGUCUCUUAGCCUCGACAUACAACCUGACGAUUCUCGAUCGAAACGAGACUCGAUUAGCCUGUCAUGCGACGGUACCAAUCGAGGAUCAUCAUCAUCAUUACUCAUCGGCGACGCAUACUUACGAUCAAAUGAUGUUUGUCGCCAAAGCUACACGUGACUGCAAAAACGGUUACGUUUGCAUCAUGUUUCAUAAAAGGGACGAACACGUGAUAGAGAUGCAACUAUCAAAAUGGAGCCAGCAGCCGGACGACGUGUGCAACUCGAGUACAUUCAACUCCCAUUCGACACCGUUCACGACGUUCAUUACAUCGGAUCCAAUGACAAGACAAUGCCCGUAUCUUGGUCAUUACGAAAUCGUUUCCGUGAUGUUCUGGCAUAGCGCCGACAAUGUCGAGGAUACUGUAGGAGUGGACGGUGAGGUAAGCAUAGCCAACGUCGUCGAAGUAAAGGACGUUAGAGUGACGUCGACGCCGUUCCCAAGGCGAUGCCAUCACGAGAGAGUUCGUUGGUUGGAUAUAGGAUGCAGGACGCCCGAUCGAAUGGAGUUUGCGACCUCCUGCAGCGACGAAGCACUAUCCGAGUAUUUGUGUCAUGGAACCUGGAUCGAGAACGACACGGCUUACUUGGUGGCGAGUACCGACGUCGGCCGUUAUUGCCUCGUUUACAGUGCAUCCGCCGCUACGACCGGAGAUAGAGAACUUUCUGUGACGGGUCAUCUUGCAUCAUGUCCGAGAGCCUCGCAUCGGCAUCCUGUCUCUUGGCAGGUUAACCUCACUUCCUACGUUCAAUGCGGCGACAUCUCGUCUGCGUCGUCGUGGAGGUCACACGUGUCCUCCACUGUGCUCCUCAUCGUUCUCAGCGGCAUCCUCUUUGGCAGAUACAUCGCGAGGAGUUAAGCGAUAUUCGCACUUCGUGCAUCGUAAGAUAAGAGAAAGGAAAAAAAAGGAAGAGGAGAAGGAGGAGGAGAAUGAGGAAAAAAAAAUGAAAAGCAUAAGAAAAUGAUAAACAGUGCUGAUUAAGAAAAGAAGAGUGACCGCGUGAAAAGUAUCUGGAUAGAAGAAGUUGUGUAUAAAUUAUUUAUUUAUUUAUUUAUUUAUAUUCAACGAUAAACUUACUAUUGCUAUUAUCAUUAAUAUUACUAAUCUUAUCACUAAUAAUAUUAUUGCUAUUACUUACGAUAUAUUUAACAUCGCUACGAAUGUGGCAGACCGCGGAACGACGAUGCAACUAAGCUAGCUAGCUUAGCUUUAACUUAGCUAAUCUUUGCUGGAAGAUUAAUCGAAUAAAACGAUACGUUUGCACAACGAGUAAAAGAAAAAACUAUGUAUCCCCUUUCUUCUCUUUCUUGUUUA